CUUCCUGAAUUCAGUUGAGUCUCAGCUCUUCCUCUCAGCUCAGACAUGGGUGCUGCAAAGAUUGAAGAGGCUUGCCUAGGCAUGCUGAAGAUAGACCUCACUGCUGCAGACUGCCCGCAGGAGGGAGAAAUGGGUAAAAAACUUCAAGCAAAAUGUCUCAGCGUCGUUUCCCCUGCUAAGCUUCUCUGCUGCUAUCGAGUAGUGAUCGUGGUCCUCAUUGUAGCUGUAGUUGCUCUUUCUGUUGCUUUGUCAGUGAGAAAGGAAAAACCGGUCAUGGAGAGCUGUGAACCUUGCUAUGCCACAUGCCCAAGUGGCUGGAUUGGAUUUGGAAGUAAAUGCUUUUAUUUUUCUGAAGACGUGGGAAACUGGACAUUCAGCCAGUCCUCGUGCAUGGCAUUAGAUUCCCAUCUAGCUCUGUUUGACAGCCUGGAGGAGCUGAAUUUUCUGAAGAGAUACAAAGGGCCUUCUAACCACUGGAUUGGCCUGCACCGAGCAUCAACAGAGCAUCCUUGGAUAUGGACGGACAAUACUAAGUAUAACAACAUGGUUCUCACACGAGGAGGAGGAGAAUGUGCCUACCUGAGUGAAAGUGGGAUCCGCAGUGGCCGGGGCUACACACGUAGGAAGUGGAUUUGUAACAAGCCCAACAGCUACACUGUACAGUGCCCACUAGUUGUAGAUCCAGGCUAGGGAAUGUGCCAAAGCAUGCGUGAGAAACAGAUGCUCUGUGACCUGUUAUCUACAGUUGCUGCUCUACUCAGGAUCUACCAAAGCCAUUAUCAAAAUCCAUCAAUAAUCACAUUGACAGCAAAGAUGAAAACUAGCUUAGAGGGUCAUAGAUACACUACAUAAAUUUUGGAUAGAUAAUUGUAAAUCAAAUAGGUGUUUGGGUAUGAGUUACUACUGAAAUCUAAAAGGAUAGGAUAAACAAACCUGUGUUAUUGACCUCCAUUUUAUGAUCACAUAUGAACUGUUUUCAUUGGUCCUUGCUAUGAAUUCAGGGGCACUAAAAAUGUGGGUGACUGAAACCAUGGAAUUGAUUCUGUUAUCACAGGAAAGAUGAUAAUUGUUCUGUGGUCUCCAAAUAUUAUAGUAAAUGCGGCCAUUAUUCUCUUCAUAAAUUCAAUGACCAAUCUGAAGGCAGAUCUAAACAGGCUUAAAAACCAUGCUGUACACUGAGAUUUAAUAACAUUGUCAAAUAUUUUUACACUUUCCUUAUCAGAGUUUUAAAAAUUGAAACAGACUAAGAAUAUGAUACAAGCAAAUGUCAUUUUAUUUUCCAAAUUUAACUUUUUUGAGAAUUUCAUACAUAUGCAUGACAUUUGAAUUUUAUUCUUUACUAGGUUGUUUUCAGACCAGAAGACAGUUGAUUACUGAAUCCCCUUCAAAGCAUGUGAUGCCUAAUCUUGCAAUCAUUUACACACUGUUUAAUUUUUAGGACAAAAUAUUUGAAAUUUUUGGAUGUGCUAUACUGUACUGAUGAGUCCCAAAAAGGACGAAAUAACAGGUCACAGGCAAUUCUUCUGUUAACUCUUUCUUCUUAACUUUAUAACUCUGGUUUAAACCUUCUCACGCAUGCUAGGCAAACACUGUACUACUGAGAUUUACCACCAUCCAUUUUGUAAAUUUUAUUUUUUAACAGGGUCACUCUGUAGCCCCAGAGGACUGGGAUUACAGCUGUGAACCACAACAGAGGCCAUAGCCUUGCUCUACUAAAGUAUUAGUUCAGGGACGGGGACAUGACACUGAUGGUAAAGGCACCAGCUACUAAGAUAAUUACAAGAGGAUUGUUGGGAGGGAGGUAAAGGCAGGGUUAAUGGGGAGGGUAACACCCAUAUAGAAGGAGAGGGGGAGGGGUUAGGGGGCUGAUAGGCAUGAAACUGGGAAAGGGAGUAACAUUUGAAAUGUAAAUAAGAAAUACCCAAUUUAAUAAAAAUGGAAGAAAAUUAAUUAAUUAAUUAAAUGAAUAAAUAAAUAAAAUAAAUAAAUGUAUAAAAAAAAGGAGUUCAACAUCUGGAUCCACAUGUUGGAAGCAUAAAACCAUCCACAGCACAUUCUCUGUGAAUUUCAAGCUUGUACUGCAUCCAUUAAAAAUAUUUAAAGUUCUUUUUUGUA